AGUGCGUGCGUGAGCUGGGAAGUGCGGAGUUGAUAAUAAUAAACGAGUGAUACGAGCAAUGUAUGUAAUGUAAGCGUUUGCAUUUCAGUACUCAGCCAGUUCUGCGAGCGACCAAUUUGUGCGGAGAGAUUUGCGGUGGUUUAGGGUUUCGAGUUGUUUGAGGAGCAUAACGUGUCCCUCUCUUUUGUUUUGAUGUCAUUUAGCACGAUCCCAUAUCCUCGAUAUUCUUUCUGUCGAAAAGCACCGUGAUUCCCCGUGUCUUCGAAGCUCGUCAUUGCGUUUCGAGAUCAGUAACGUGCUCCAAUUUUUUCUUCUUUCGGUUUUAGUUUUGACUACGUGUUUUCGUGUUGACACUUCAUGAACUCGCUUUGACUGAUCGUCUUUCUUCUCAGCAGACGGAAGAAAUAGUUGUACGUAAGAAUUAUCCGUUCCAAUGUGUGUUCCAAGUCUUCAGGGAAAUUGACCUUUCCUUUCCAUUGUUCUCACGACGAUGCCAGGAGCUGCCCCAUGUUAAUCAGAUGACCGCCAACGGCGUCUGAGAAGAGGGAACGGAGAAGGAGUCUGUGUAAUCAGAGCCGGAGAGGAACCACACACAUCUAGUUGAGAUGGCCAACACUCACAACACCUCACCUCGCUACAGUCGAUGACAGUUGGGUUGCUGCUCGACCAGUUAUGCGACGUCGUUGAGGAAGUGAUAAAAGGAUUAACUGAGCCUACGGAGAGCCGCCGGCAUCUGUAUGGCAGUAUUGCACGCAAUAUGGUGAAAACGUUUCAGGCAUACCUGCCCAACUGCCAUAGAACUUAUUCCUGCAUUCACUGCAGGGCUCAUCUUGCGAAUCACGACGAGCUCAUAUCGAAGUCGUUCCAAGGCAGUCAAGGGAGAGCGUAUCUUUUUAACUCUGUAGUUAAUGUGGGCUGUGGGCCUGCAGAAGAAAGAGUCCUUUUAACUGGUCUCCAUGCAGUCGCAGACAUUUACUGCGAGUGUUGCAAGACAACUCUCGGCUGGAAAUAUGAGCAUGCAUUUGAAUCAAGUCAAAAGUAUAAAGAAGGUAAAUAUAUCAUCGAAUUGGCUCACAUGAUAAAAGAAAAUGGCUGGGAUAGCGAGCCAAUCACCAAUAAUCACUAGCCAUGGCUGCGGUUUGCCAUUGGCUCUGUGGUUUUCAUCCAUCACUCGCCUCCAAAAUGAAAUCUUGCAGCUCUCAUCGUCGAGUGCUGCAUGCAUUAGUUUUUCAUUUCUAUUUUGUGAUAAGUAUCAUUUAAGAAUUUGAUCUUUUCUGUGUAAUUUUUUCUUAAUUUCUCCUUUUUCUCUUUUUUUCUCGUUUGACUUCUCUGUGUAAUUUUCAUCGUUUGACGAGUAUGUUAUAUCUCUUAGGAUUCAUGUGCGUAUGGUAUGUAUAGAAUUUGUGUGUAUCUGUUACGGUCUCAAGCGAUCUUCACAAUGAUGAUCCUCUCUUCGCUUCCUUUUUCUGAGUCUUCUCUGUAAGGUUUUUAUUUUUGUCAAUUAAUUUGCCACAUAAUCCAUUUGAUCAGCUUUUUUUUCUCUCUACAAUGGAUGUCCAUGAUAUUUUUCGAUUUACUGGGCUCAUAAUUAAAAAAUGAUGUCUAAAUUUGUCGCAUUUGAUUGAAGGUACCUUACAAAUCUUUGUGGAAAAAAGAAAUCUCUCAAGUCAAGCUUGUAUGGUCUAUCCACGAGUGCAUGUGGUUUUUCUGCAAUUAAUAUGGACAAAGCAAAGAAAAAAAAUAAAGUUCUUAUGAUCUCUUCACAUUAACCUUUUCUAAAGUACAAAAAAUAAUUUUAGUAGUUAAAGCAUUUUUAGGUGUGACAAUUCACCUAAGAACAAAAGUCCAGUGGCAUCAUCUCUUGAAUGCCAGAGUUCUUUAACAAAACAUAUAAUUCCUUAAUUACAUCACGUCUGAAUUUUUAUCUGUGGCUUUAAAAAAAGUUUUUCGAAAAAUUUGUGGAAAUUAAAAUAGAACCGUUUUUCACAAGAUGUAGGUAUCUGUUUUUGAAGUUUUGAAAUCUCACGAAUUGAGUUUUUUUUAAAAAUAUGCUGCAAUUACCAAGAAUAUUUCUGUAGAAAUUUUUUCCCUGAAUAAUAGUUCAGCCAUCCAAAUUUUUGAUCUGCUCCUUUUUGUUUCUCAAAGGAUAUAUUGUUUAUUCUAUCUUUUAAACAAGUCCCUCUGCUCUGACUACUUUUAUUUUUAUGCAUAUAAUUACAAUGAAAUAAAAAUGCAUUGCCAAUUUAAUGCUGAUUAAAUUUUAGUAAUGACCAUUUGCAUUUUUGGUUUAAUAAACCAACAACUUAGGAACAAAUUAAAGGAAUCAUCACUUAGUAGGCUGAUUUCUUAUUCUGAACACCACGUAAUGGAAAGUAUUCCACAUGACUUGUCAAACAGAUGUACGAGGAUUUUAAAAAUUCUAUGAAUUGAAUAUUGGAUCAUUUUAAAAUUUAAAUAUGCGGCUAGAUUUUUCAGUAGUUUAAUGUCUUUGUAAUUACACCUAUCAAUUUUAUAAACGUUCAUGUCUCUUAAGUAUUCAACGCUCGGAGUAUCCUCUGUGAAAAUUUUGUUUAUAAAUUUUUAUGCCAUCAACUUGACCUCUGAACUGUUCCCUGGCACAUGAUUUUUUAACAUUGCUGGUUUUUCUCUCAAUUUUAUCAAAACCCACACAAUAUGAACGAAUCUGAUCUCACGUCGACUCAGAUUUGAAUCAGUGAGAACAAAAACACCCCAACUCGGUAACUUGAAAAUGCUCACUUUUCACCAAGGACAGACAAUUUUCAUAAAGGUCAUCGAAGUUACAGUAUCUGUUCUAACUUGGACAUUUAAAGUGUCCUGAAGUACUUGCUUUUAGGCACCAAAAAUCUUUUUCUUAGACUAACUUCUUCACCUACUAUGCAGUUUUGUGUGUGUCUCGAUUAUUUUCAUUUUUUGGAGUUGGUGUGUUUUUGUUCUCACUGAUUCAUUUGAGCUUAGCUCUAAAGUUUUUCUUUCUAUUUUGAAGCUCAUUUUAAAAGUAUAAUGAAAGACCAGCAGAAGUUAGCAUCAUGUCCAGGAGCAGGAAUAUUAUAUCUUGAGGAAAAAAAUUGCUGUGAUAAAAAUUCUUUUAAGGUUCUUUUUGCAAUUUUGUAUUAUACGUUCACGAUUUUUUUGUUUUUUUUUCUUUCGUAAGUACUUCGUAAAAACUUUCAAGCUGCUGACUAAUGUGAAGAAUCAAUCCAUCCUAAGCGACUCAUAUCCUGGAUAAUUGAUUUCAUUAUGUGCAAAAUUUUUGUUUUUUUUCUCUUCCGAAUGAUCAGUAACUUUGAUUUUUUCAAGAGUCAAUUUCAAUUUUUCAUUUUGUGGUGAGUGUGUAUUCUGAAGGGCUGCGUAGUAACAUAGAAAUCAAUAUGUACCUUGCAUCUAAAUAACAUUUAAAAUUCUCUGGCAUUCCUUUUAUCAGUAGGUAACUUUAAAAGCCUACUGAUUAUUAACAACUCAAGGUUUCAUAUUUUGUUGUGUGCAAUGAAUGCAUUCGUACAGUGUACUGUCUACAUAUGAUGGAAUUACUUUCGUCAUAACUCCCAGAUUGUUGUGUUGCAUACAUUUUUCUCUUUUCAUCUAUUAUUUUCUCUGACUGUAUGAUUUCUAAUUCUUAGUCUAUGACCAUUUCUUUAAUACUUGUAAAAGUGUGGUAAAUUAUUUCUUUUAGUCCAGCAAUAACACUGCCUGUCUUGAAGUUUUGUAUAUUUUUCAAAACCUGUGUCCAAAUCGUAAAUUUUUUGCAUUUGAGUCACACUCAGCAGGUAUCAUUAUCUAAAAUUAUUGACUUAACACUGACUCUUAUGUUUCAAAAUAUUUCUGUCAAAGAGGGUAAGUGUUACUCAUACUCAGUUACAACAAAGGUUGGAAAAAAAUCGGCUGUUGAGGAAAUAUGAAGUGAUUAUUUUUCAUAGAGUUGUUUUUUAUCCUUAUAAUCUUUUCAUCAACCAGUCAUUACAGGCGUAUCAUUCACACAUUACAUGUGGAUAAUCUAUCCUUAAAUUCUGACCGAUGAGAUUGUAACCAAGCUGAUUACUUCAUUUACUUCAUUUCUCUGAAAUUGGUACCUGUAAAAAAAAGAUGAAAUUAGCUUCCUAUGUUUCUGCAGAGUAAAAACAAUGUUGUGUAUUGUAUGAAUAAAAGUUGGUUUAUAUCUGGAGUAUGAACCCUAGCGCUUGUAAAUUAAUCAAUUUAUUUUUUUAAAACUGGUUGUUACUCAUUGACCUCACGAUGUACAGUAUGAAAAAUUAUUCAUCAAAUGGUUUUUUUCUUUUCUUUUCGUUUAUUUAUAUUUUCCCAUUCAUGCUGAGUGUUAUUUUUGUGUACAAAAAUGGAUAUUAUUCAAACAUUAUUUUGGGAAAGUUAUAUUUUUUUAAAAGAAAAAAUAAAUGCAGAUUUAUUGUUCAGAAAGUAUAUUUAUUACAAAAGAAAAAGAAUUCAUACAAUUUAUCAUUUAAAAAAGAAUUUAUCAGAGAGUACCUCUAUUAUUGUACCAGUUAAUCUCGCAGCAGGUGGCAUUGUGAUCAGAAGAAAGAAAAUAGUAUGUUCUAUCUCUUAUUUUGAAAAGUUCCGCAGAACUUAAUUGAAUAUUACUUUACUUAAUCUAUAUAUUCUUCCUUAUAAGUAUAAAUGGUCAGCUUUUGUCCAUUGAAUAUUAUCCCCUUCAAGACUUUUUAUUUUUCCGUUUUAAAACAUUAGGUCAGUAUCUCUUUUUCCCUUUUUUUUUUUGAAAUACCAAAUUAGGCAAGAGGAGAAGUUGUUUAAAAUUAUAAAUAAAAUAAGAAAGAGAAAAUAAAAAAGCUAGUCCCUUAGUGACGAAGCAAAGACUAUUUGGUUGGAAUGCUGAAGGUCUUUACUCCAGAGGAAGGUCAAAUAAAAGUAUCCCUGUAUAAUAGAGCAAACUAGCAGCCAGGUUAAAUUUCAUCCAUUAAAUUAGGAACUCGCCAAAUAACCAGUGUGAAUAGUUAAUUUGAAGAGACUGUGUUCGUCUCUUCAAUUGUAAGUUCCAAGAGAACAACGUUGAAUGAUCCAGCCAAAAUGGUAAAUUUUUAGUGUGUAGUGGUGAAGAGCUCAGUUGUAAUUCUUGGAAAUGCUUCGUAAUUAUUCCUAUAAAAUGAUAAAAUGAAUUUGUUUUCUACACUUUCAUUUUACAUCCGAGGUUAAUCAAUAUUUGCAACCAUUGUCUCCUCGAAACGGCUGUGUUCUGACAUCAAUGCCCCAAACUUAGGUCACUUACUUACUCUUUUACUCUGAAUACCUCAGAAAUAUAAGAGGAAGCUCAUGACAGCAAGCAGUGCUGAACUCACUCUGGAUUUGUCGGUAAUAUUAUCUAAACUAAGUUUAAAAAAAGAAAAGUGUUAUUCUCUCUGAAUGAAUUCCUGCAGAACAAAAUACAGCCAUUGAAGCAUGUCCACCUUGUAAGGGAAUCUGUUGCGUAUAAGAAACAGAUGAAUUAUAAGACUUCCCAUAGGAGACACCACCUCAGAAUCAUGAUGGGCUUGUUCAAAAAUUUUGAAAUCUACUCCUCAACGCACAUUUUCCAUAGUUCGUAUCAGCAUUCUCAAAUUUUCCACUUUUUUCUCUGCUGUUGGCAACGAGGUUUGUUCAGAGAGAAUUGUCAAAAAACCCAAUUUGAACAUUGUGAUUGUUGUGGGGUUUUUCUUACCUACUCGAAGGUCAUUCAUCUUUCUCCAUCUCCUGUGUGCAGCAGAUCUAGUGUAAUUUUGAAUAGAACGUAUCACAAGGUUAACUUCUUUUAGAGAUCACUCAAAGUCUAGGGAAAACAAAAGAAUAAGUUUUCCUUUUUAAAAUAGAAAAUUUGACUUUUUAUAAUGGUGGUAUUGGAGAGGAGCCUGCUUGAAUAUUCCUCUUUGACUCGUAUGAAGUUAAUUCAUAACCUUGCCUCUUGCCAAAUAAUGAGGUACUUCAUUCCUGCUUUUGAAAAAAGGAUAUAAUUAUUUAUCUAUUUAUUUAUAUUCUUUUAUUUGAUUAUUAUCAUUUUUUUACAAAUGUAAGAAGGCACUCUUGCAUUGAUUAUUUACACUCCUCUUUUUAUAUUUUUUACCUUAUUAAAUCCAUUUACGUGAUGAUCACCUCAUCUUGGUUGAUGUCAAAAGCGUCUGGGUUGCGUCAUAGGUACUUCUUCUUUUAUUCACUGGUUUCUUUAUCUCUUUAAGCAACUAAGUAUUUUGGUUUUCAAUCAAAGACAAUAAAGUAACAGUCUCGGACUCAGAAGUUUCAACGUCAUUAAUUUUCUGAUUCUUCUUCUUUUUCUUUCUUUUUCCGUUCUUUCAUCUAGCUGCUCUGCAGUCAUAUUUUGGUUCUAUAUUUCUGUAAUUAUGAUAAGGAUGUCUGUGUUAACUUUAUAUGGAGCCAAAAUUAAUUUCAUGGUAUUUUUCUUUUCUGGAAAGCUAAAGAACAAAAGAAUGUGGAAAUUUUCCUAUUAUGUCAGAAAAAUGAUUUCUCAACCUUCUACUAAGUGUUGCAGCCAUAUUUUGACCCUUUCAUCCAAUUAUCUGGCAAUGAAAACUUUACUUGCAGAAUUUAAAUUGUUGUUGUUUGCAAGUAUUGAAGUAUCUAUCAUUGAGUGGCUUUUGCAAUGUAAGUUAGUUUUCCUCUGCGAUCUGUAUCAAAACUUAGAUUUUUUUUGUCUGUUCCUUUUUUUUUAAUCUUCCAAUUAUUGUGAUGCAUUAAUGUUUUAAAGUUCUAAAAAGUAAUUCCAAUGAAAAUUUUUUAAACAUGAAUAAGUUUUUUUCGCCCUUUAAAUGGAGUAGGUACUGAACGAGCAACUCGAGCCCAGUGUAUGAAUCUAUUUCAAAGCAUUGAAAGUGUCACCAUUGAAUGAGAUUGUAAAACGCCAUAUGGUAGGUUUCAUUACCGUGCUCUAAUUAAAAAUUCUAACAAGCCCUGAAAACACAAUCAUACAGUAAAUUUCUGUGCACAUUCAAAUCCAUGAAGUUGAUUUUGGCCCAUUUUUUCGUAUUUUGAAUGAAUUAUGCAUCAAUAACCAAUAAUUUUUGGUAAAAAUCAGUUGUCAAAUUUUAAAGAGCCUUUUGAAAAAUUGUCUCUUAACUUCACUGUUUGGUAGGUUUGUUAAUUUAGGAGAACAAUUUUACUAAUGUCCUACUAACGUUUGUAUUACAAUAUUUUGUUGUCUGUGCUUUAACUUAUCUUUCUUAGAGUGAUUCUUACAUAAGAUUGCAUGUUGUGACCCUCUUUCUAUUUUUUGUAGUUGUAAUUUGCACGGUUAUUGAUGUAUAUUUAUGUUUAUUUAAAUGACUUAUAAGUGAUAUCGAUAACUCAUUGCUUUUUACUUUUGUAUCGUGUACUCUCCGUACAACCUCGGUAGUUCUUUAGUUAUUUUUUGUACUUAAAUAUAAAUGUUGAACACUGUUACAAGGAAAUAAGUAAGAUAUCCGUACUCAUUCACCCCAGUGGCCAGAAGACGUAUCGUGAUUGACAUAAUGUGAUCGAUGUGUGUGAUGUAAGUUUAAAUCAGGGAAAAUGAAUUCUAUUGUACAUAAGGCACCUGCUAUUUUCAAAUUUGACCAUCAUCAUUAUUUCAUUAUUUUAAGCAAGUGUGGUGGUAUGAGCGCAAAUCAGUUAUCAUACAAAUGUUUAGUAUGGCUGUGUGCUUUGAGCAAUGAGGAGUAGUGUAAUUACAAAGGCUAUAUUGGUGCCGUGUGAGAUAUUGAAUUUAUUAAUUGUGAUUGGACGUCAUUUAACAUUAGAGAUCCAAAUUAUUUGAAGUAGGACUAUCAAGAGAUAGUAUUCUUGAAGGGACUUACAUAAAUCAUUUUUCUAUUCUAGAGAUGCAAUAUAUUCAAAAAUUGUUGCAUAGAGUUUGAGUUUUUGGUAAAUGUUCUGCUCAACUCGGCCUCUUGUACAUUUGAAUGCUGUCAGUGAAAAUUAUUUUCAGUAAGAAUCAACCUUCAAGAGAGUGCGAAACUUCCAGCUAGUAGCGACAGUGAACAGUCUUAGGUAGUUUCAGCUAGGACUUGAUCCAGCACAUCUUUAGCUUUUCCCAAGUUCAAUGCGUUCCCAUUUAAUACAUUUCAAGUGUUUUUCAAAACUCUCAAUAUAAAGAAAUCUCUGUUAAUAAAUGAAGUCCAAUCAUGAUUCAUCAAUCUGUCGUAACGGAACUGUGUAUCCUGUAAUUUUGGAAGUCCUGUGCUUGAAAGUUAUGAGCAUCGUAAGGAGUUGGAAUCAGGUCACGUGCACUGAUAUGACUCUUGCUUGAGAAUGAGCCUUCAGGUACAUUUUUUUUCUUGAAAUUUUUCAAUUAAUCACAACAGUUUACAAUCAUGGUUUACUGUACUUCGUACGAUGUAGAAUUGUGCCUUCAAACGAUAUCAGAACACAAUUGGUUUGAAAAAUUCUGAGUGACAGUUUAUUGAAAAGUAUUUGCUUCUUGGGUUGCCCAUAUAAUUGCACUCAUACAUAUGAUGCAUGUAAAUAUUUUAGAUUUUCAGUUAAGUUAUACUUUCUGUCUUUCAACGUGACCAUCCCAGCCUCCUCAUUACAGAAAUGCUGUGCAUUAUUGAUAAAAGUGAAAAACUCUCUGAAAGUUGGUGUCAGCUUUGAACUUUAACAUUGUAGAACAUUCAGUUGAGACAUUUCUUAGGGCAGGAUGAUAUUGGGCAUGUAUCUUCUUUUAGUAGAGAUCAGUUGUACUGAUUCUUAAAAACACGACUUUUUAAUUAAAACAGAUAAUUUGCAACAGUCCAUCUUGUCAUAUCACCCAAAAAAUGUCAUGGGCCCUUUUGUACCUAUUGCCAAUUGCAAUUCCUGGUCUUAAUUUAUAACUAUACACUACUUUUGAUCAUUAUUCUUAAAGUUUCAAGCUGAAAGACUUGUGCAGUGCCCUGUCCAGGCUUGACACCAAGUUUCAAAGAGUGUCCACCCUCUGAGUACCUAUUUAAUCGGCUUGAUGUGCAGUUUUUCAAACGUUCUAUUUUUAGCUCCCGCCUUUUUAGCUACCCAAACAAGUCCUUGAUACAACAGCUUUUUUUUGUAUUAUGAGAGGAACAUAUUUAUUCCUCUACAUUCUGUUAUAUUUGUGAUAUUUCUAUUUUCUCAAGUACCAAUGCUGCUUUUUUUUAGCAGUAUGUUCAAUCAAACUGCUCUUCAUUAUAAACUUUUUCUAUUUUUUCUGUGAUGUCAGAAACUACUAAGGUCUGCUUGCUACGAAACUUUCUAGAUCUCUCAAAAUAUCUGAAUAUUUUAUCAGUUUAAAAAAUAUUUUUUAAUAUUUCAACUUUUAAAAAUUCCAUGAGGAUUGGGACUUGAGAGAAUGAUUCGUUGUUGGUUCUGCACUGUUGAAUGGUCUUCAAUGUAACGCAUCAAGUGAGUAAAAAAUCUUCACAGAUUUUGACUUUUUAGCCCAAAAAAAGAAGGAUAGCCCCUGCGCAUAAGCCUGAACAAACAUUUUCAACCCAAAAAUCACAAAAUUCAUUGUGAUAGAAGCAGGACUCUUCUUGGAAAGAAAGUUAUAUUUGAUACAGUAAUCAAUUUCUGUAUUGAAAGCGAAGUUUUUCCCCUGAGAAAAAUCUUGCCCUCAUUACUCUGGAUUUUGCGAUAUUUUUGGUUUAGAAUAUGUCAAGCCAAUGUGCAGGGGCUUUUGCCCCCUUUUUGUCUUACAAGUCUGAAUCUGCUGAGAUAUUUUAUUUAAUCUAUGCCAAUAUAUCUUAUGCCAGUUCGACUAUGCCAAGAACCCAGGAUGAAUCACCUUAGUCCAGUCGUUACAGAAUUUUUUUUCUUCAAUACUACAGGGUGUCAAAUAUUUUUUUUAUUACCAUAUAUUUUCUGGUGAGGGUUUUACUUGCAAAAUACUUAUUAUAAUCGCUGAAGAACAAUAAUCAUCUAGAAUCAUUGAAGUAUCAGAGUCUUUGAAUGGAACCUUUUGUAAUUUCUAAUGGAGUGAUAAUUGCUCAUUCAUUGAGUCUGUGAAAAAAUGAAUGGACAACCUUAAAGACAUUGAUUGGAAAACUCAAUUUUGUUGAAGUAUUUAAUGUAUUUUAGAAAUGGCUAAAAAAAGUGUUUGGUAUAUAGUAUCCCUGAUAUCAAAGGUAGAAAAAAAAAACCCUUUGAAAACAUGAUUGAUCCAUUCUUAGGUAACAGCAGGAUUUUUGUUAUUUUGUCCCAAAUUUGGAUCGUUAAAAACUUUGAAAUAAGUUAAGCGUCAUAAGAUUGAAACUUGACUGAUUAUGAUGCAGAGAUUAGAGUCUCUUUCUGACAGUCAAACUUUUUGUUCCGUUUGUCAAACUGUGCUGUUUCACCAAACUAAAUUUAGCUGAGUUAAAUCUGGUUCAUUGAACAAGUUUUGUAAAAGUUAGACCUUGUCUAGACUGGGCAUAAUUUACUCAAGCAGAUAAGAAUUGACCUGCUUUUUAUUAGACUUUUUAAAGAGUUCAUUGCAGCUUUUCCAGGGUUUAUCCUUGAUGAACCUUAAUUUAAUUGAGAUUUCUUGAAAAUACCUAUCAAGCUUCAAGCAUGAUCUUAGGCAGCUACUGACCAUAAAAAUUUAACUCCAUCAAGAAUAAAGAACAAAGAGAAAAGUUGGUACUGAAGUACUUGUCUACUGUAAAAUUGAAUUAUUAGAUUUUAUCAUAUAUGAUUUAACUAUCUUAGCUACUUAUUCUAGUCGGAUGUAUAAAUUUACUUCAUUACGAUGCAUGUAAAAUCCUAACAUUUAAAGAAUAUUUGGAAAAUAAUGUUCUGCCUGCGAUUGUCAAAUAGAUCAAUAAAUAUUUUUUACUCAUU